AUGCGAAUUUCUGUUAGAAGAUUGAAAAAAAUUCACAAAUAAACAAUUUCAAUUAAGGAUAAUCUCAAUUGUAUUAAACUGACGAUUUUGUUUAUUAUUAAAUGUUGAAAGUAAUUGUUUUAAAUUGAAAAUAAAUUGUUCCCUCUUUUAUGUUAAUCAGUUAAUUGGUCGACAUGGACACAAGUGAUCCUAGUGAAAUGUCGUCAAACCUUGAUGGUUCCAAUUGUAUCUCCAAUAAUAUUGUAUCAACAAAUGGUGUUAAUAAUAAUAACAAUGGAAACAGAAAUGAAAAUUGGAGAGGUGGUGUUGGUGAUGAUGAUUCGAGUAAUGAAACAUUUACCAAAAUGAACAUUAGUGGUAAUAGUUUUAACGGAACUGGUGGUCAUGGUUUAAGCAUAACCGGAGGAAUUGGUAACUCAAAUAAUAAUAACAAUAACAGUGGUCAUGGUGGUGUUGUUAAUAUGGCAAUUGUGAGUGGCGGUAAUGGUGAUCGUAGCAAUGAGCAGAGUUGUUCAAACGAUAUCAACUCUUACCACUGUGAAAGGUCAAAUUUAAGCUUAACCGAAGUACCUCCAAGUGAACGUGAAGCUUUAUUUAUUGAGAAAAUUCGUCAAUGUUGUAUCAUUUACGAUUUUACUGGUGAUCCUUUGAACGAUCUACAAGGAAAGGAUAGUAAAAGAGCUGCUCUCACCGAGAUGGUUUCUUAUAUUGAUCUUGGUCAUGGAGUAAUAACCGAACCUCUUUAUCCUGAGUUGAUUAAAAUGUUCACCAUAAACUGUUUUCGGACUCUUCCUCCCUCAUCUAAUCCCAAUGGAGCUGAAUAUGAUCCAGAAGAAGAUGAACCAACCCUUGAACCUUCAUGGCCUCACCUUCAAUUUGUUUAUGAACUAUUUCUCCGUUUAUUGGAGAAUCCGGAAUUUUCUCAUGUGACAGCGAAAAAGUAUAUCGACUCACGAUUUGUAUCAAAGUUAUUAGACCUGUUUGACUCUGAAGAUCCACGGGAAAGAGAUUUCCUGAAAACUAUUCUACAUCGUAUUUAUUCCAAACUCUUAGGCCUUCGGGCUAAUAUUAGGAAACAGAUAAACAAUAUUUUUUACAAAUUCAUCUACGAAACGGAGCGUCAUAAUGGAAUAGCCGAGCAACUAGAGAUCCUUGGAAGUAUCAUCAACGGAUUUGCAUUACCAUUGAAAGAAGAGCAUAAAACUUUCCUUCUAAAAGUAUUAAUGCCAUUACACAAGGUUAAAUCAGUUAGUGUUUAUCAUCCCCAGUUAGCCUAUUGUGUGGUACAAUUUCUCGAGAAAGAUCCAGCUCUUGCCGAAUAUAUAAUUCAUAGUCUACUUAAAUUUUGGCCCAAAGUACAUUCACCGAAAGAGGUUAUGUUUUUAAGUGAAAUGGAGGAGAUACUCGAUGUAAUUGAACCACCCGAAUUUCAGAAGAUAAUGUUACCACUUUUCCGUCAACUGGCUAAAUGUAUUUCAUCAACCCACUUUCAAGUAGCCGAGAGAGCCUUAUAUUAUUUUAACAACGAAUACGUUAUGUCCCUGAUAGCAGAUAAUUUUGAAGUUAUCUUACCGAUUCUGUUUCCAGCUCUUUUUCAAAAUUCUAAAACCCAUUGGAAUAAAACGAUCCACGGAUUAGUUUACAAUGCGCUUAAACUUCUUACCGAAGUAAAUCAAAAGCUAUUCGAUGAAUGUGCUCAAAGAUAUCGAACUUCACUUCAAGAUGAUUCGGCGAAAGAGAAAGCAAGAGAAGAGGCUUGGAGACGAAUUGAAACUUUAGCCAAACAAAAUCCUGUUUGUAUUUAAGAAAACUAAAAAAGAGAAACUAUUUCAUUGAACCAAAUUUUCCCGGAACAACAAAUGUAAUAAUAUUAAUCACACUUCGUAUUUGAAUGAUGAUAAUGAUGAUAAUCAUCUUCAUCAACAUCGUGAUACUGAUAAACAUCAUGGUAUAAAUACCCUUUCUUCACAAAGAGAAACACAAAUCAAAUCAAAACAAAUCACAUCACACAAACAUCACAAAGCAACUUUACUACUUCAUUGACCAAAUAAAAAAAACCAACUUUGAUUAUCAUCGUUAAUAUUAAUCAACUACAACAAUGGUCAACCAUACAACAAUAACAAUAACAAUAACAUCAUCAUCAUGCAUCAUCAUCUCUUAAGUUUCAAUCUUAGUUAACUAUUUUGAAAACUCCAUAAUUACAAUAUCACCAUUAAGCUGGAUCAAUACUAAUUAUGGUUUAAAUUGUGGCAUCAGAUGAAAAGGAAAACAACCCAAACCAAUUGCUCUAUUUGCAGUUAAUUAAUUGAUGUUUCAAUCAAGAAGAAAACUAAGUUUAUUGAACACAAUUAAAUUUGUAAAGGGAAAGAUCAAUCGAGACGCUAUUUUUGCCUCUUCUUAUCAACAUAACAGAAUUAAAUUUCCACUGGUUUUCUUACAUCAGCAAGAAAAAAAAACUCAUGAUUUAACCAUCAAAUCAGAAUUCAAUUCAAGAGAAGGAAAAGUUUAUGGUGAUUAUUAUCACCAUCAUUUUAAUGGCUACGGAAAGAUAAUUCAGUUACAAUAUGGAAUGGACAAGAAAAGGGAAUGAGAGGAAGAUAAUAUGAGGACCAUUUAAAUGAAAACAAUAACAAAGUGCAAGCAAAUCACAGUCGCAAUUGAAUUCAAUCAAUAUCAAAGAAUCACAACAAUUUAACUGGAAAACAAGAAAACAGUCAAAUAACCAGAGUUAUUUUAUAAUCUUUUUUUAAUCUCAAUCUAAAUCUCUCUCCAUCUAUUUCUUUCUCCCCAUAUAAUGUAUACAGAAAAGCCCGAUAUCUCUUCUUCUUCUUCUUCUUCUUAAUUACUAAUCACUCUGUUAACAUAAUUGUUGACAAUCUUUAUGUUUUUCUCUUCAAGGAUUCACCUUGAUCAGAUAAUUAUCUUUUUCUUAACCUUUCUUUCUUUCUCUCUUUCUAUCUUUCUAAUGAUGAUUUACAGACCAUUUAAAUUUCUCUGAUCUUGGAAAGAAAAUGUUAUUAGUUAUGUAUAGAUGUUUCCUCCUUCCAUUUUUUACUCUUCUCCCUUUUCUUUAUCAUCUCCUCUCUCAAUCUUCCCCUGAAAUAUCAUCAUCGCCAUUAUCACCAUCAUAAUAUUCAUUAACCACAGUUAACUAAUAAGUUGUUUCCUCUCUCUCUCUCUCUCUCGUUAUAAUGCUUAAUGCUAAUUCCACCACCACCACUACAACAACAACAACAACCACCACCAUCAUAAACACCAUCAAUUCAAUUAUUAUCCUAGUUUUUUUUUCAUCUUGUCAGUUUGUUGACAUUUCAGAUGCCAGAGUGAAAAACAAAACCAUGAGAAGAAAAGUACUCAAUGGAUUAAGAUUAUCUUUAAAUUAUUCUUAUCAUCAUCUUGAAUCAUGAAUGAUAUAAUUAUGAUAAGAAUAAUAAUAAACAAAAACCCGCUACGGAUAAAGUGUAUUCUACUUCUAGACCAGCCAAACAUGAAAAUCCUCCCAAAAUGUUAAUCCCUUUUCUCACCCAUUCACUCAAAUCUUUUUUUGUGUAUAUUGUAUAAUAAGACAAUUCAACUUAUAAUUACAACAAAACAAUUGAGUCUAAAGUUAAUUAACCCAAUCCCCAUUUUGCUAACACCACUAAUCAUGAUUAUCAUCAUUAAUUAAUACAAUAGAUGCCUUUAAAUACACAACAGAUUUGAAUUAUUGUUAUGUUAAAAUGAUCAGAUUUAUUAUUAAAUCGAAACUUUUUUCCCCAGUUCUCAACUUAA